GAGCGGCGCGUACGCAGCGCUGCGCGACGAGCUGCUCGCCGCGCUCGUGCACCCCAACACGCACUGGGCGUAUGCGCAGCUGGGCGUGCGCGCGCUCGGCGCGCUCCUGCGCCGCGACGAGCCGGUGCCCCCGCGGUGGCCACGCACCUCGCGCGCCUCGCCGUGUCGGACAGCCCCGAGAUGCGCACGUACGCGCAAGCGGCGCUCGUGCGUGUGCUGUACCUGGUCAAGCUGCAGGCGCUGAGCUCGGGCACCGACACGCUCUUCGAGCGCACGCACCCGCCGAACAAGCACACGGAGCCGCCCGGCGCGCCGGCGGAGCGGGCGGCCGCCUACCGCCUGCCGCUCGAUGCGCAGGCGCACCUGCACGACAAGGGCCCGGAGGGGUGGCUCGUGUGGCCGCGCACCGACACGUACUACACGGUGCCCACGACCGAGUGGGCCGUGCGCGAUGCGGCGCUCGCGGCCGUGCGCGCCGACGUGCUGACGCCCGCGUGGUGGGACGCGCUCGUGCGGCACCUGAGCCUCGAGAUGGAGCGCGACUACCUCGCGGCGGACACGACGACGCUGCUCAAGUCGCUGAGCCAGAUGCUCGGCGCCGCGCUGCUGCCGCUCGUCGAGCCGCGGAUCGAGCAGCUGCUGGCGCAGCGCGACCGGCACCAGCACCGCGCGGCCGCCGAGAUGGUCGGCGGCCUCGUGCGCGGCAGCAAGCACUGGCCGCUCGCUGCGCAGACGUCGCUGCAGGCGUGGCUCCUGCGUGUGCUGCCGCGCGCCAUGCUCGAGUGCACACUUGACAGCCAGGCGGCCUGGCAAAUGUGCGUCGAGUACAUGUUCCACGGGCGCGAUCCGCGGCGCCUGCAUGGGCUGCUCGCGCACCUGUGGGCGCAGGCGUAUGCGGUGCUGGAGGCGCAGCCGGCGCGCAGUCCGGGGCAGCAGGCGCAUGCGCAGCAGCUGCUCGCCAGCGCGGUGCACGCGCUGCAGAGCAAGGCGGCCGCGUGGGGCACCGCGGCGCUGGCCGACACGUACGUGCGCCUCUUUGCGCACGACUACCAGGAGGUGCGCAAGGCGGUGUGUGAGGGCCUCGUCGAGCUGGAGCUCGCGCACGCGCGGCCGGCGUUCCGCGACAUGGGGGCGCUGCGCGCGGCGAUGCCAGGCCGCGGCUCGCUCCUCGCGCACGACGCAGCGCUCGAGGCGCGCUGUGCGUGGCUGCAGGCGCAGCUGCGGGCGUGGCGCGAGGUGCGCACGCCGUCCGCGCAGGGGACGAGUGCGUACGACCGCGCGGCGUCGACGGGCGCGCUGUGGGUGUGCCUGAGCCUCGACGACCACCGCGUCGGGCCGAUGGCGACGCAUGUGCUCGCGCUCGUGCCUGACCUGCUCGCGGCGUUCCAGCUGCGCGACAACGAGGAGCUCGCGGACACGGCGCACGACGUGCUCGUGCAGCUCGUCUCGUACCCGCUGAGCGCCGCGCAGGUGCCGGUCCUGCUCGACGCGCUUCUGGACGUGCUGCGCCACUCGCCGUCGUGGCACGCGCGCCUCGACACGCUGCCGCUCCUGCAGAUUGUGUACGUCCAGCACCUGUUCCUGCUCGCGCCCGCGGCGCGGCAGGCCGUGCUCGAUGUGCUCAUGGCGCUCCUGCGCGACGCGCACCGCGAGGUGCGCGAGAUGGCCGCCACGACGCUUGCGGGCGUCGUGCGCUGCUCGCAGCGCGCGCACAUCCUGCCGCUCUCACGCACGUUCGCCGCGCUCGCCGCGACGCCGCUGCCGCGCCGCGGCGCGCCGGGCUUUGACGCGGCGCUCGAGCGCGUCCAUGCGGGUGUGCUCGGCGCCGCAGCGCUCGUCGCGGCGUUCCCGUACGACGUGCCCGACUGGAUGCCGGCGCUCGUGCUCGACACGCUCGCGCCGCACAGCGAGAGCCCCGCGCCCGUGAGCCACACGGUGCGGCAGUGCGCGGCCGAGUUCCGGCGCACGCACCAGGACACCUGGGCCGAGGACCAGCUCAGGUUUGGCGAGCGUGUGCAGGAAGUGCACGACUUUACGCUGGGGCGCAGCGACUACUUUGUGUAG